AUGUCCGACACAAACUAUCAGUCGCUCCAUCAGAACUUGGCGGACCACUUUAAGGGCUUGAAUUCCGUAAGUGAAGCCGAGCCCGGCCCCGUCUCUGACUUUGUCAGAAACCACCAAGGUCACACCGUCAUUUCCAAGGUGUUGAUCGCCAACAACGGUAUUGCCGCAGUCAAGGAAAUCAGAUCCGUGAGAAAAUGGGCUUAUGAAACCUUUGGCGACGAGAGAGCGGUUCAAUUCACCGUUAUGGCCACCCCUGAGGAUAUGGCUGCCAACGCCGAGUACAUUCGUAUGGCCGACCAGUGCGUGGAGGUUCCUGGUGGAACCAACAACAACAACUACGCCAACGUCGAGUUAAUUGUCGAGAUCGCUGAGAGAACUGAUGUACACGCUGUGUGGGCCGGUUGGGGUCACGCCUCCGAGAACCCAAUGUUGCCUGAGAUGUUGGCAGCUUCUCCCAAAAAGAUCGUCUUCAUCGGUCCUCCAGGCUCGGCCAUGAGAUCAUUGGGUGACAAAAUUUCUUCUACCAUCGUCGCACAGCACGCAGAAGUGCCAUGUAUCCCAUGGUCUGGAACUGGUGUCGACGAGGUCCAAGUGGAUCCUUCCACCAACUUGGUGUCUGUCUCUGAGGAAGUUUACGCCAAGGGAUGCUGUACCAGUCCUGAAGACGGUUUGGAGAAGGCCAGACAAAUUGGUUUCCCUGUCAUGAUCAAGGCCUCCGAAGGUGGAGGUGGUAAGGGUAUCAGAAAGGUCGAUGACGAGAAAGACUUUGUUACCUUAUACAACCAGGCUGCUAACGAGAUUCCAGGUUCUCCAAUCUUUAUCAUGAAGUUGGCUGGCAGUGCCAGACAUUUGGAGGUGCAAUUGUUGGCUGACCAGUACGGUACUAAUAUCUCUUUGUUCGGUAGAGACUGUUCUGUCCAGAGAAGACAUCAGAAGAUCAUCGAGGAGGCUCCUGUUACCAUUGCUAACAAGGAAACUUUCCGCUCCAUGGAGAAUGCCGCCGUGAGAUUAGGUAAGUUGGUCGGUUACGUUUCCGCUGGUACCGUGGAGUACUUGUACUCUCACGCCGAGGACAAGUUCUACUUCUUGGAGUUGAACCCCCGGUUGCAGGUUGAGCAUCCUACCACCGAGAUGGUCACCGGUGUCAACUUGCCUGCUGCUCAGUUGCAGAUUGCCAUGGGUAUUCCUAUGCACAGAAUCAGAGACAUCAGAACUUUGUACGGUGUGGACCCUCAUACCUCCACAGAAAUUGACUUUGAGUUCAAAAACGAGAACUCUUUGACUACCCAGCGUCGCCCUGCUCCAAAGGGCCACUGUACCGCUUGUCGUAUCACCUCUGAGGACCCUGGAGAAGGUUUCAAGCCCUCUGGUGGUAACUUGCACGAGUUGAACUUCAGAUCUUCGUCCAACGUGUGGGGUUACUUCUCGGUCAGUAACCAAUCGUCAAUCCACUCAUUCUCCGACUCUCAGUUUGGUCAUAUUUUUGCUUUCGGCGAGAACCGUCAAGCCUCCAGAAAGCACAUGGUGGUUGCUUUGAAGGAGUUGUCCAUCAGAGGUGAUUUCAGAACCACCGUGGAGUACUUGAUCAAGUUGUUGGAGACCCCUGACUUCGAGGAUAACACAAUCACAACCGGAUGGUUGGAUGAGUUGAUCUCUAAGAAGUUGACUGCGGAAAGACCUGACCCUAUCCUCGCUGUUUUGUGCGGUGCUGCCACCAAGGCUUACAUCGCCUCUCAAGAAGAUAAGCUGGAAUACACCAACUCCUUGGAGAGAGGUCAAGUUCCAAACAAAUCCUUGUUGAGAACUAUUUUCCCAAUUGAGUUCAUCUACGAGGGCCACAAGUACAAGUUUACCGCCACUAUGUCUUCUGAGGAGACAUACACUUUGUUCUUGAACGGAACCAGAGCCAUUGUUGGUAUUCGUUCUUUGUCCGAUGGUGGUUUGUUGUGUGCCAUUGACGGUAAGUCACACGCCAUCUACUGGAAGGAGGAGCCAUCUGCUACCAGAUUGUCCGUUGAUGGUAAGACUUGCUUGUUGGAGAUCGAGAACGAUCCUACCCAGUUGAGAACUCCAUCUCCAGGUAAGUUGGUGAAGUACUUGGUUGAGAGUGGUGAGCAUGUCGUUGCCGGUCAGGCCUAUGCUGAGGUCGAGGUCAUGAAGAUGUGCAUGCCAUUGAUCGCUCAAGAGAAUGGUGUCGUCCAGACUAUCAAACAGCCUGGAUCUACUGUCAAUGCCGGUGACAUCUUGGCCAUUUUGGCUUUGGAUGACCCAUCGAAGGUCAAGCACGCUUUGCCAUUCGAGGGUACUUUGCCUGACUUAGGUGAGCCAUCUAUUGGUGGCUCCAAGCCAAUUCACAAGUUCAACAAGUACGCUUCCAUCUUGCAAAACAUUUUGGCUGGUUACGAUAACCAAGUCAUUAUGAACUCCACUUUGAAGAACUUGAUUGAGUCCUUGAGAGAGAAGGAAUUACCAUAUUCUGAGUGGGCUUUGCAUGCUUCUGCUUUGCACUCCAGAUUGCCAGCUAAGUUGGACGAGGCCUUGACAGCCACAAUCGAGAGAACUCAGAGUAGAGGCGGCGACUUCCCUGCCAAGCAACUUCUCAAGCUCAUUCACAAGGCCCAGAAGGAGUCCGAUGACUCUUUGUUUGGCGCAGUUGUGGCUCCUUUGCUCGAUGUUGCUAACAAGUACUCCAACGGUUUGGUUGAGCACGAGUUUAAUUUCAUUGCCAGCUUGCUCAACCAGUACUACGAUGUUGAAAAAUUGUUCUCUGGCUCAAACAACCGUGAGGAGGAUGUCAUUUUGAAGCAAAGAGACGAGUACAAGACUGAGUUGAGCAAGGUUCUUCAAAUUGCCUUGUCUCACUCCAAGGUCAGCUCUAAGAACAACUUGGUGUUGGCUAUCAUUGAGGCCUACCAGCCAAUCUUGCAGGAAUCUGCCACUAUUGCAUCUUCAAUCAGAGAUGCUUUGAGAAACAUCGUUGAUUUGGAGUCUAGAGGUACUGCUAAGGUUUCCUUGAAGGCCAGAGAAGUCUUAAUCCAGUGCUCCUUGCCAUCUAUUAAGGAGAGGUCCGACCAGUUGGAGCACAUCUUGAGAUCCUCAGUGUUGCAGACUUCUUACGGUGAGGUUUACGCCAAGUACAGAAGCCCCAACUUCGACAUCAUUCGUGAGGUUGUCGACUCCAAGCACACUGUGUACGAUGUUUUGCUUCAGUUUUUGGUGAACCAAGAUGAGUGGGUUGCCAUGGCAGCUGCCGAGGUUUACGUGCGUCGUUCUUACAGAGCUUACUCUUUGGGCCCAAUCACCUAUGAUUUCCAUGAGCAGGAGAAGUUGCCAAUCAUCAAGUGGCAGUUCCAGUUGCCUCUGCUCUCUUCUCACUCUGUUCAGAACCUCAGAAGAGAUGACUCCACUUCUAUGAACAGAGCUGCGUCCGUCUCUGACUUGUCUUUCACUGUCGACAGCAAGUCCACCCAGAAAGCUAGAUCCGGUAUCUUGGUUCCAGCUAAGCACAUUGACGAUGUUGAUGAAAUGCUUCUCGCUGGUCUCGAAAGACUUAACCCAUCUGACGCCAUUACCUUCAAGGCCGGUGCUGAACCAGAAUGCAUCAAUGUUGUCAACGUUGUCGUCACCAGUAUUGAGGGCUAUGAUACCGAAGAAGUAGCUUUGGAGAAAAUCGCCGAGAUUAUUGAGGACAAUAGAGAGGAGUUGAGGGCCGCUGGUGUCCGUCGUAUUACCUUUGUGUUUGGUAAUACUGUUGGAUCUUAUCCUAAGUACUACACUUACACAGCACCUGAUUACUUGGAGAACAAUGUUAUUAGACACAUUGAGCCAGCUUUGGCCUUCCAAUUGGAGUUGAGAAGAUUGGAGAACUUUGACAUCAAGCCAAUUUUCACCGACAACAGAAACAUUCACGUCUACGAAGCUGUCGGUAAGAACUCCCCAUCUGACAAGAGAUUCUUUACUAGAGGUAUUAUUAGAACCGGUGUCAUUAACGAAGAGAUCAGUAUCAGUGAGUACUUGAUCUCUGAGUCCAACCGUUUGAUGACCGAUAUUUUGGAUGCUUUGGAAGUUAUUGACACUUCGAACUCCGACUUGAACCACAUCUUUAUCAACUUCUCUGCCGUUUUCAACGUCUUGCCUCUGGAGGUCGAAGCUGCCUUCGGCUCCUUCUUGGAGAGAUUCGGUAGAAGAUUGUGGAGAUUGAGAGUUACUGGUGCCGAGAUUCGUAUCUCUUGUAUCGACCCUCAAUCUGGUCAACCUUUCCCAUUGCGUGCUAUCAUCACCAACGUGUCGGGUUACGUCGUCAAGUCCGAGUUGUACAUGGAGAUCAAGAACACCAAGGGUGACUGGGUUUUCAAGUCGAUUGGUGCUCCAGGAUCCAUGCACUUGAGACUGAUUUCGACCCCUUACGCUGCCAAGGAGUCCUUGCAGCCUAAGCGUUACAAGGCCCACAACAUGGGAACCACCUACGUGUACGAUUUCCCAGAGUUGUUCCGCCAAGCCACUAUUGCGCAAUGGAAGAAGCAUGGUGACGGCAAGGUUCCAAAGGAUUUCUUCGCUUCGUUGGAGUUGAUCCAAGAUGAGAAUGGAGGAUUGACUGCUGUGGAGAGAGAGCCAGGAUCGAACAAAAUUGGUAUGGUCGGUUUCAAGGUGACUGUUAAGACCCCAGAGUACCCACGUGGUCGUCUGUUCAUUAUUGUCGCCAACGAUAUCACUCAUAAGAUCGGUUCCUUCGGUCCUGAGGAAGAUGAGUUCUUCAACAGAUGUACGGAAAUGGCCAGAAGCUUGGGUAUCCCAAGAGUCUACCUUUCUGCUAACUCUGGUGCCAGAAUUGGUAUUGCUGAGGAGUUGCUUCCAUACUUUAAGGUCGCCUGGAACGAAGAGGGUAUACCUGAGAAGGGAUUCAAGUACUUGUACUUAACUUCGGAGGACAAGGCAACCAUUGACGAGGCUGGCAACGGUAAGACUCUUGUCACUGAGAGAGUUGUCGAGAAUGGUAAGGAGCGUCACAUCAUCACUUCCAUUGUUGGUGCUGAGGAUGGAUUGGGUGUUGAGUGUCUUAAGGGCUCCGGAUUGAUUGCUGGUGCAACCUCUAGAGCUUACAAGGACAUCUUCACAAUCACCUUGGUGACUUGUAGAUCGGUGGGUAUUGGUGCCUACUUGGUCAGAUUGGGUCAGAGAGCAAUUCAGAUCGAGGGCCAGCCAAUUAUUUUGACUGGUGCUCCUGCCAUCAACAAGUUGUUGGGUAGAGAAGUUUACUCCUCUAACUUGCAAUUGGGUGGUACUCAGAUCAUGUACAAGAAUGGUGUUUCUCACUUAACGGCCAGCGACGAUUUGGCUGGUGUUGAGAAGAUCAUGGACUGGAUGUCUUACAUCCCAGCUGUGCGUGACACCCCUGUGCCAAUUUUGAAGAGCGAAGACCCAUGGGACAGAGACAUCGAGUACUUCCCACCAAAGAGCGAGCCAUACGAUGUCAGAUGGAUGAUUUCUGGUCGUGAAUUGGAAUCUGGUGGAUUUGAGUCUGGUCUCUUCGACAAGGACUCUUUCCAGGAAACCUUGUCUGGCUGGGCCAGGGGUGUUGUUGUCGGUAGAGCCCGUCUUGGUGGUAUUCCAAUCGGUGUUAUCGGUGUUGAGACUAGAACUGUUGACAACUUGGUUCCAGCUGACCCAGCUAACCCAGACUCCACUGAGAUGUUGAAUCAGGAAGCUGGUCAAGUUUGGUACCCUAACUCUGCUUUCAAGACUGCUCAGGCUAUCAAUGACUUCAACCACGGUGAGCAAUUGCCAUUGAUCAUUUUGGCCAACUGGAGAGGUUUCUCCGGUGGUCAGCGUGAUAUGUUCAAUGAGGUUCUUAAGUACGGUUCUUUUAUUGUUGACGCAUUGGUUGAUUUUAAGCAACCAAUCUUCACUUACAUUCCUCCACACGGUGAAUUGAGAGGUGGUUCUUGGGUUGUUGUUGACCCAACCAUCAACCCUGACAUGAUGGAGAUGUACGCUGACGUUAAUUCCAGAGCCGGUGUUUUGGAGCCAGAAGGUAUGGUUGGUAUCAAGUACAGACGUGACAAGUUGUUAGCCACCAUGGAAAGAUUGGACCCAACCUACGCCGAGUUGAAGAAGAAAUUGAAUGAGAAGUUGGACCAGGAAGAAUAUUCGCAAGUGAGUGCCAAGUUGGUUGCUCGUGAGAGACUCUUGAUGCCAAUCUACGCUCAAGUGUCCGUCCAAUUUGCUGACUUGCACGACAGAUCUGGUCGUAUGUUAGCUAAGGGUGUCAUCAGAAAGGAAAUUGACUGGCCAAGUGCUAGACGCUUCUUCUUCUGGCGUUUACGUCGUCGUUUGAACGAGGAGUACUUGUUGAAGAUGAUUGGCGAAGUCAUUAACACCAACUCUAAGUUGGAGAAGGUCGCUAGAUUGAAGAGUUGGAUGCCUACUGUCGACUAUGACGAUGACGAAGCCGUCAGCUCGUAUAUCGAGAGUAAUCACUCCAAGUUGCAAGAGAGGAUUGAAGAAUUGAAGGUUGAGAAGAGCCGUAACGACUUGUACGCUCUCUUGAAGGAAGAUUCCUCAUCUGCUGCUGCUGCUAUCAAAGAGUACAUCUCCUCUUUGCCCGAAGAGGAGAAGAACAAGCUCGUUCAGAACUUGUAA